UUUUAAUUCACUGUACUGUCAAAAAAAUCAGGCUGAGAUUUUUAGGCGACGAUAGAGAAUAUAAUUAAUAUAUGACAAAAAUAAAAUUAUUUCUGAAAAAUGAUGAAAAAAGUACAGAAGCAACCAAAUACAGAAUGUUUAAUAAGUAAUUCUAAUAACAUAGAAAAUACUUAUACAAACGGAAUUUUGAACUGUUUGGAAAACGUUAACGAAAGCAAAACAUGUGCCAAAAGAAAAACAAAUACGGACACUAAUAGUAGUAAAAGUCUUCCAAAAAGACCUAAAUUUUUAAUACUUGAUAUGUCAAUUAGUGAUCCUCCCAAAGAAAAUGUAAAGAACGAAUGUGAAAAAUCUAAUGUAGGCUGCAAACCAGAUACAAAAAGUGAAGGUUCUAAAAUAACUGAUUCUACCAAAAGAUUUCUUAUGGAUUUAUACUGUAAUAAACAAGAUAAAAAAAUAUAUAUAAAUUCUCCAGACUUGUUUGCUGACACAAAAUUGUUAGAAGAUAAAGAUUACCAUUCAUCAAAAGUAACUGAUGAAAAAGUAUUUGUAUCAAAAGGCUCAAAAACCCUUAUAACAAACCAAUACAAUAAUACCUUUAACAAAAAUUGUAAUAGUCCAAAAAUAUCAGUAAAUCAAAAAAAUAAAGAAGCAGAAGAUAAUUUUGAUUUUGAAAUGUCACAACUUUUUAAAACAUCACAACUAGAUAAAAUUUCAUUUCUACAACCAACUGCGCAAAAUAAUUCUAAGAAUAACAUUAUAAAACACCCUCCAGAUAGUAAUUAUACACAAUUAUUAAUGUCAACCCAAAUUAACAAGCUUUUGGACAACAACAAUACAAUGCAUAAAGAUUCAAUAAGUCAUAAUACUGCUAAACUAAAAAACAUAAAUAGAAAAUCAAUAACAUCUUCCCCAUAUUUAAAAAAGAAUCCUGACCUUUUCGAUGAGUCCCAAAUAUUUAAGACUGAUGAACUCGAAACUAUAAUAAUUAAUGCUGAAAAAUCUUCUAGAGAUACUAACAUUGAAGACAAUGCUAAGGAACCUGAAGAUAAUGAAACGCAACUAAAUGACUUUAUUGGGCCACAAAACUUGAUUGAUUUACAAAAAAAAAUGAUGAUAGCAAAUGAGAUCAAUGUGAGCUUGGAAGAUGCUGUGCUGAACCAAGAAUUAUUAAAUGUCACUGAAUCUUCACAAUACAAAAAAGAUAUUCACACACUCUUUAACAUUUGUGAGAUGUCAAUUUGUAAUAACAAUUUCCAUGAAAUUAAAAAUGAAGACAGUAAUGAAACAUUGGGUCUGGCAGCGAUACAAGGAAUAAACUGGGAAAAUGACUCAAUGAUGGCAAAAGAAUCCGUGUUAAAAGAAGAAUCAUCAAUAAAAAAAACUGCAUAUGAUACCAUUAAGCAAACGUUGUUAAAAAACGCAGCCAAUACAGUAGAGACCACAAGGGAGUUUUUAAAGCCAAACACUAUUAGUAAUAACAAAAGAAUAUUCACUUCCAAAGGACCAUUUUAUGACCUGCCAUUUAAAUGCAAGGAAUUAAUAUUUGAUUACAAAAAUAUUUCACAACUUUAUGAUUGGCAAGAUGAGUGCUUAAAGCUUCCAGCCAUUCAACAACGGAAGAACUUGAUUUAUGCGCUUCCCACAAGUGGUGGUAAAACAUUAGUUGCUGAAAUUUUAAUACUUCGUGAAGUCUUAUGCAGCAAAAAAAAUGUUAUUUUUAUAUUGCCAUUUGUUUCAAUUGUUCAAGAGAAAAUAUGGGCGCUAUCACCAUUUGCUGUGGGCAUGGAGUUCUUAGUAGAAGAAUAUGCUGGUGGUAAGGGAACUUGCCCUCCUAGAAAACGUAGACAUAAAAAUUCAGUUUACAUAGCAACAAUUGAAAAAAGUUUAAGUUUGAUAAAUAGCUUGAUUGAAAUAGGUAGAUUAGGAGAGAUUGGACUAGUUGUUGUUGAUGAAUUACAUUUAUUGGGAGAAGUUGGAAGAGGUGCAACUUUAGAAAUAGUUCUUACAAAACUUAUAAGUACCAAAUAUGAUAUUCAAAUAGUAGGUAUGAGUGCAACAAUUGGUAACAUUUCAGAAAUUGCACAAUUUUUAAGCGCUGAUGUAUAUACAAGAGAUUUUAGACCAGUCGAGCUAAAGGAAUAUGCUAAAUGCGGUUCAGAUAUUAUGGCACUAGCAACUAAACCCAAAUCUGCAGAUGAAAUCUUCACUUUUCAUAGAAGUUGUAAAUACAAUUAUUAUACAGACAUGCAAUUAAAAAUGGAUCCUGAUUGCAUAGCUGGUUUGGCUCUGGAAAUUUUACCUGAAUCUUCCUGUUUAAUAUUUUGUCCUACUAAGAAAAAUUGUGAAAAUGUUGCCUCAUUGAUUUGCAAAAUAUUUCCAAAAUCUUUAUUAGAAUAUAGAAAACUAGAUAAGAAAGGACUGUGUGAGAUGAUUAAAAAGGAUUGUGGAACAUUGUGUCCUAUCUUAAGCAACACCUUACUGUAUGGUGUAGCGUACCACCACUCUGGACUUACAUCUGAUGAACGCAAACAUUUAGAGGAUGCUUAUAGAGCUGGGGUUAUAUCAGUUAUUUGUUGUACAUCAACAUUAGCUGCUGGUGUUAAUUUACCAGCAAAAAGGGUAAUACUAAGGUCCCCGUAUGUUGGUAAGGAAUUCAUAACAUUAUCUAGGUAUAAACAAAUGGUUGGUCGGGCUGGAAGAGCAGGAUUUAAAGAAAAUGGUGAAAGUAUUUUAAUAUUUGCACCUAAAGAUAAAAUACGUGUUCAAAAUUUAUUAUUUGCACCUAUGGAUGACGCUUUGAGCAGCUUGCACUACUAUAAUGGUGAAGGAGUAAAAAGCUUGAUUUUAAGUUCAGUUGGUUUAAAUGUAGCAAAAUCUCGAUCUGAACUUUGUGUAUUAAUGGGACAAACACUUAUGGCUGUACAAGCAAAAAGAUUAGAAAUAAAUGUGAAACAAAUAACGAAUAAAACAAUCUCAAGCUUGUUUAAGCUAGGUGCAUUAACAACAGAAAAUGAAGUCAAGAAGGUAAUGCAAAUGACAAUGGAAAAUUCUAUUUUGUUUUCACAAACUCAAACUGAAAAUAAAGAUCUAGACAAAUCUAAAAAAUGUCUUGUGAUUGGGAGGAACACUACUUUAGUUAUAAGCAAACUAGGCAAGGCUGCUGCUAGGGCAUGCAUAAAUCUAAAAAGAGCGCAUAUGCUAUAUAAUGACUUAUUACAAGCACAAUCUGGACUGGUUUUGUUAGAUUGCUUACAUCUUCUAUACUUGAUUACACCAUAUGAACAAAGCGAACAAAUAAAACCUAAUAUGCCUGCAUAUUAUUCUAUCUAUACAAAACUUGGUACAAAAGAAUUGGAGACCGCCAAAAUUUUAGGCAUAAAUGAAGCUUGUGCAAUUAAAAUGCUUUUGGGUAAGCAAAUAAAAAAUGUACCAAUGAGGAUUCUUAAUCGAUUUUAUGUGACAUUAAUGUUAUAUGACCUAUGGAAUCAUGAAGCUGUACAUGAUAUUGCUGAUAAAUUUCAUGUACCAAGAGGAGUAGUACAAUCUCUCAUGACAUCAGCUGCUUCUUUUUCUUCCAGUGUUUUAAGGUUUUGCGAAGAACUUGAAGAGUUUUGGGCUUUCAAAGAUUUGCUGACAAAUUUUACUUUGAGAUUGCAACAUUGCUGCACUUUAGAAUUGCUCCCUUUAAUGGAUUUACCUAAUGUGAAGCUCGCACGAGCUAAACAAUUGUAUAAUGCAGGUUACAAAACACUACAUUUGAUAGCAAAAACAACACCAUCUCGCUUGGUACAAGAUAUUGAGCACUUGAAUAAAAAAGUGGCAACACAACUUAUAGCAACAGCAAAAUUAUUGCUUUUAGAAAAAGUUGAAACAUUACGAGAAGAAGCAGAAGAUGUUUUGGAAGGUUUGUGGAAUGCUUAAAAGAUUAAUAAACAAUUCAUUCCUAUUUAAGUUACUUAAAAUAUGAAAUAAGUCAUUCAACUGUGAUCUCAAUGAAAUGAAAUUAUUAUUUAUUAUUAUUAUUAGUAU